AUGUACCGGGGCAGAGAGGCCCAAAGAGCAUGCGCCGAGGUUCACAACCCCCAUUGGAUUACAGCAAAUAAAAGCCAUAGCCGUGAAGGUUUAGGACUGAGGGAGCUUCCUGAAAAACUACCUGUCACAACAGAAAUCCUCAACUGCAGCUUCAAUGUGCUGCCUUCCCUCCAGAAUUCAACCUUCUCUGAGUUGAAGUUUCUUCUCUCCUUGGACUUAACAAGGUGUCAGAUCAACUGGGCGUAUGACAGCACCUUCCACAGCAACAGGCAGCUGAAGAUACUUGUGCUGACAGGAAACCUGCUCAUGUUUCUAUCUCACACAGCGUUUGCUGGCCCAUGUUCCCUGGAGAAGCUUGUCUUAACACAGACAGGAAUAACCGGUAUGUCUUUCAUUCCAAUGACAAAUCUGGACAGCUUAGAUACCCUCAUCUUGGGCAGCAACUACAUCUCUUCAUUGCAGCUUCCUCCCAGCUGUCCCACUCAAAACCUCAAAUACCUUGACUUUCAAACGAACAACACAGCAAUCAGAGCAGAAGCUGUGUAUGUUCUGCAGAAUAUCAGCAAUAUAACUCUCAUCUCUAAAGGCAAUGAUGUUACAUACAUUGAACCUGGAGCCUUCCAGUCCCGUUUGGACUUCAGGGGCUGUGCUGACAUCUCUGGGGUUCUGGCAGGGAUAUAGAACUCCACAGCCGAGACCCUUUGGCCGGGAACAUUUUAUGGUGUGGAAAAGGAGCCCUACAUAAGCCUAGAUAUUUUACAAGGCCUCUGUAAUAUCUCUGUCAAGGAUCUCUAUCAGCUUAGGCAUUUCAGAAAUCUAAGUGGUGACACAUUUCAGUGCUUAACCAAGCUCCGAAAACUGGGUCUAACCCAAACCCACAUCCAUGCAUUGCCCCCUGGCAUCAGUGGCAUGAACUUGCUAGCAGAGUUAGUUCUCAGCGUAGACUCCUUUAAGCACCUCUGCAACAUUGCCACUGCAUAA